AAACAUGUACAGCUCAAGUCGAAAUCAUGCGUGGGCAGUAUUUCGUCUUGCUUCGGCAUGCACGUCCCCGCAUGUUCGCAUUAUCAACAUCAACAAAGCCGGCGUGCCACCGUCCUUGCCCUCCCCGUCAACUUUCCACGAAUGGGGCAGGGAAAAACACACCUCCCCCUCCCGUGGAACCUCCUCCGCCCCAGAAGCCAUUGCCGGAUGCGUCAGUGGUAGAGCCUGCGCCUGGGUCUGCGUUUUACUACAAAGCUGUAGCCGUGGUGUUGGGCUUGGGGACUGGUUACGCCAUCGCCAACUAUACAGAUCAAGGCCUAGGAUUUAUAUGGCCGAAUCCGAAAAGAGAAGCGACCGCUCGUGGAUACACGACCGAUGCCAGUGUUACAAAUUGGUCAGCCACCCACGCGGUGGAGCCAAAGAGGUACUACGAGCCCAGCAGUGUCGAGGAGCUCGAGGCCCUGGUCCGAGACGCCCACGCCAAAGGGCAACGGAUCCGCCCUGUCGGCACGGCGCUUUCCCCCAACGGCAUUGGCAUGGAUGAGGAGGGAAUGGUGUGCUUGAACCACCUAGACAAAAUCAUACAAGUGGAUGCGGAAGCACAGACGGUGACUGUACAAGCCGGUGCCCGUGUCAGCCAGGUCUUGGAGGCAUUGGGGCGGCAUGGAUUGACCCUGCAAAACUUCUCUUCUAUCCAGGAACAGCAGCUCGGAGGCUGGACCCAAGUCGCCGCGCAUGGCACGGGGGCCUCGUUGCCGACGGUGGAGGAACAGAUUGUGCGGAUGAAGGUGGUGACUCCAGCGAGCGGGGUGAUGGAACUGAGCGAGACGCGUGACUCGGAGCUCUUUCGCCUGGCCAAGGUGGGUCUCGGUGCCCUGGGCGUGGUCUCAGAAUUGACGCUCAAGUGCGUCCCUCAGCACGAGCUGUUGGAGCACACAUACGUGGUGAACAGUCUGCGCGAGCUCAAGCGAGACCAUCACCGUCUCCUGCAAAGCUACCGGCACGUCCGCUACAUGUGGCUGCCGCACACGGAGAGCGUCGUGGUCGUGGUCUCCAAUCCUUACGAGGAGGGAAAGACCGCCCUCCCGCCUUCCUCCCACCGUCCCCCUGUGCCUGUCGAUGCGAAACUGGCUACCCUGCGGGCCCUUCUCCUGUCACACCCUGCCUCCCGCCUCUCCCCCGCCGAAAUCUCCUCCCUGGGCUUCACCGAGCUGCGCGACGCCCUUUUGGGCAUGGACCCUCUGGAUUGGCGGUGGGUGGCGCGUGUGAAUGGGGCGGAAGCCCGCUUCUGGGAGCAAAGUCAGGGGUACCGACGGGGACCGUCGACCGAGAUCCUGGGCUUCGACUGCGGCGGGCAGCAAUGGGUCUUGGAGGUGGCUUUCCCCAUCGGGCCACUCCCGGCCUUGGAGUCGGUGGACACGGGGAAGGGCGGGCGCCGGAGGUGGUUUUCGCUAGGGCAGGAGAAGCGGAGAAUGCCAGAGGCCGCGACGCCGGACUUGGACUUUGUGGACCGGCUCCGGAGGCUGAUCCGGGAGAAGAACCUCCCCGCCCCCUGCCCAAUCGAGCAGCGGUGGACGGCCAGCAGCACGGCGCCCAUGUCCCCGGCGUACAGCUCGGAUCGGAACGCCGUCUUCAGCUGGGUGGGCGUGAUCAUAUACCUUCCCCCCGGGCAGGAGCCGGAGAGGCGGGAGGAGAUCGGGACGGCGUUUCGGGAGUACGUGGAGGCGAUGGAGCCCCUCUGCGAGGAAUUCGAGGCCUUUCCCCAUUGGGCAAAGAUCGAGGUCCCGGAGGAGGCAGGUCGGAGGGAGCGAUUGAAGGCGCGGCUGGCCAAACGCUACCCUGUUCCGGCCUUUAACUAUGUCAGGAAGGGGUUCGAUCCCAAGGGCGUGUUGGGCAACAAGACUGUUGACGUGCUUUUUGCGGAUGGGGAGGGCCAGUGAGGGAGGAAAGGAGGGAGGGAGGGAGGGCGGCGUUGGGAGGACGCGGGGCGCAAGCGGUUCCAGAGGGCUUUGGGUUGAUAUGUGGCAUGAGUACUGGUGUAUGCCGGGCUCAGAAAA